GGCGUGAUCAUGAAACAUCUGAGGACACUUCUUCCAUCUGCAGUCAGAAAACUAAUUCGAUCAGAUAAACUCAGCAUUAGAAAUACUUCUGGAAUGUCAGAAGGAUUUAAACAGGCAAAUAUUAUAAUUCUACACAAAUCUCUUGCGGAUGAUUUUGAAAAUUUUUGCCAUGCAAAUGAAGGACCCCUUCCUUUACUCUACAGAAGUAAACCAGGGGAGUGGAAAUGCCCUACCCUGGGCACUGAUUCUGAUAUUAGAACUGACUGUCUGCAGUACAGGAAAUAUGAGAACGGAUUAUGUACAGGAAUUCUGACAAGCUUGAAGGAAUAUUCUGAACAGCUUAAAGACAUGGUGACUUUCUAUCUAGGCUGUAGUUUCACAUUUGAAAAGGCAGUCCAGAAGGUCGACAUCCCUGUAAGAAAUGUUGAACAGAAAUGUAACGUAAGCAUGUACAAGACUGCUGUGCCUUGCCAUGAUUCUGAACAUUUUCACUGUAAUCUAGUGGUGUCAAUGAGACCAGUUCCUAAGGAUAAAUUGGAAUUGAUUGUGCAAACCACCUAUCCAAUGAAAAAAUCACACGGAGCGCCAGUUCACAUUGGUAAUCCUGGUUUAUUAGGUAUCAAAGAUCUUUCCAAGGUAGACUAUGGUGAUGAGGUACAAGCUCAUCCAGAGGAUGUUCCAGUCUUUUGGGCCUGUGGGGUAACAGGGGUGGAAGCCAUCAGUAAUUGCAAGUCUCCGCUGGCAUUUACCCAUUCUCCUGGCUGUAUGUUUAUCACUGAUUUGAAGGAUGAAGAUGCUGCAGUCGAUUAUGGCAAAGAAAUCCCUAAAAUAUACUGUAUUUGUCAGAACCCUCUGCAUUAUAGCAUCACAUCUGCUGCAGCCGUACACAAAAUAAGAAGACUAGAAGAGAUUAUUAAAGUGGACCCAGGAGACAGAGGUGUGAAACAUUUGUUCUGUCAGGAUGAACUUCUGAAGGCAUGUCUGUCCAUGUCACAUGCUCAUUCAGUGUUGAUUACCACUGGAUUUCCUACCCACUUCAAUUAUGAGCCCCCUGAAGAAAAUGAUGGGCCUCCAGGAGCCAUUGCAGUGGCAGCCAUGUUGAAAGUCCUGGGAAAACAUGUUGCUGUAGUAACCGAUCAAAGAGCUAUACCUUUGAAUGAGAAGGUUAUUAAAGAAGCUGUCCAACAAGGGAUACUGAAGACUCCAGUUCCUGUAAUUAGCUAUCAUAGCGAAUCUGCAGAUUCAGCUUUGCACUUUUUGUGUGAGGAUGGAAAUCCAGAAAAGCCCAAGUUUAGUCACCUGAUAGCAAUAGAACGUGUUGGGAUGGCUGCUGAUGGCAAUUAUUAUAAUUCACGGAAAAUUAAUAUUAAGCAUUUAGUGGAUCCCAUUGAUGAGCUCUUUGUAGCAGCGCGCAGUAUCCCAGGGAUUACUACAACAGGCAUUGGGGAUGGAGGGAACGAAUUAGGAAUGGGAAAAGUAAAAGAAGCUGUGAAGAAGUACAUUAAAAAUGGAGAUGUUAUCGCUUGUGAUGUUGAAGCAGAUUUUGCAGUUGCAGCAGGGGUUUCUAACUGGGGAGGUUAUGCUGUUGCUUGCGCGCUGUAUGUCCUCAAUACCUGUGAAGUACAUGACCGCUAUUUGAGGAAAGCUAUUGGAUUCUCCAGGUUGUCUGAGAAAGCAAGCUGGGCAUCAGCACUUCCAUCUGUGCUUAAGGAAGAAAAGUUGCUGAGCAUAUUGCAGCGGCACAAAGUCCGCAGUGGAAUAACUGCCAGUCUGGAAAUGGAAGUGGAUGGUCUGCCAUUCUAUGAUACACAUUCGCUUACAAUUGAGAAGCUUCUGCAGGAAACUCUGAAAUAACUUUCCUCUAACCCGUGG